GCGGGAAAGACCCUCAAAAUGCAUGAAAAAACCAAAUACAGGGCUCAUACUAGCGGUAUCCUUUUCCGUUAUUUUUCAAAAGUUAAAAUUGAACCACGGAUUUUUCGCGAUUUCCUCUUUUAGCCGCAUUCGGGUUUGAGGACAACUUCACCUUCAACUUUGCUGUCGCGGUUGCUGUUGCUGUUUUUCUUUUUCCCUUAUUCCUCUCCGUCCUCUCCAUCUUCUCCUAUUCCUGACGCUGGACGCCCAUCUCCCACUAGCGUCACUAUGACCGUUACUCGCUCACAGACGGGGAAAACCCCCAAGAAAAUUCAGCGUGAGGGUUUCGUAGAGACACCACGUCGUGUCACCAGAAGUCGUGCGUCCAUGACUCCCGACCUGAGUGCGGACACCGAAGUCUCCAACUCUGCAUCUUCGAGCCUAAUCCUCGUGAAUCCACUGACAUCCAAUUCAACUGCAAGGAGGCGUGCCGCCGAUAAGGAAAAAAACAGUGAUGUCGUGGAUAACCUCGUCGAUGACAAGAAGCCCGCCAAUGGACAUGUCAACGAUGCUAAUGCCAACGGGACCACCCCGAAGAACUACAAAAUCGAUGAAUCGGGCCACUUCGAGUUUGGCGGGUCUCUAGGCUGUUUAUCUAUGAUGAUUGGAUUCCCGCUGCUGAUGUACUAUAUGUGGAUUGGCGCGACAUAUUAUGGUGGACGCAUGCCAUUGCCUGAGGAAGGGCAGACUGCGAAAGAGUUUGGGCUUCAUUUGGUUAACCUCGCGUAUGAGGGCGCGUUCCCUAGCACCAAAGCGUGGAUCACAUACUGGACCUUCUUUAUCUUUGAGGGACUGUGUUAUUUGUUUCUCCCCGGCAUCUAUGUUAAUGGCCGAAAAUUGGAGCAUUUGGGCGGAAAACAAUUGCCGUAUUAUUGCUCUGCAUAUGCGUCCUUCUACACUACGAUUGCUGUUGCCGUUGGUCUGCACGUUAGUGGAUUGUACAAACUAUAUACAAUUGUUGAUGAGUUUGGCCCCUUGAUGAGCGUUGCCAUCUUGACCGGUUUCAUUGUUUCCAUCAUCGCUUAUAUCUCCGCUCGAGUUCGUGGUGCUGAGCAUCGCAUGAGUGGCUACCCCAUUUACGACUUCUUCAUGGGUGCUGAGCUCAACCCGAGAUUAUUUGGAAUCUUGGAUUUCAAAAUGUUUUUUGAGGUCCGACUUCCUUGGUAUAUUCUAUUUCUGAUUAGUUUGGGAGCUGCGGCUAGACAGUGGGAGACCUAUGGCUAUGUUUCUGGCGAGGUUGCGUUCUUAGUGAUGGCGCAUUAUUUGUACGCCAAUGCAUGCUCGAAGGGCGAAGAAUGUAUCAUAUCCACAUGGGAUAUGUACUACGAAAAAUGGGGAUUUAUGCUUAUCUUCUGGAAUCUUGCUGGUGUUCCUCUGAGUUACUGCCACUGCACCAUCUAUCUUGCGAAUCACCACCCAGAUACCUACCGAAUGAACAGAUAUUUGCUUGCCGCCUUAUUAAUUGUCUAUCUGUUUGUUUACUGGGUGUGGGACACGACCAACAGCCAGAAGAACCGUUUCCGACAGCAACGGGAGGGCGGUAUUACCUAUAGGAAGACUUUCCCACAACUACCUUGGCAAACUGUCCAAAAUCCUCGGACUAUCACGUCCAAGGAUGGCCAUACGAUUUUGGCCGAUGGGUGGUAUGGAUAUGCCCGGAAAAUCCAUUACACCUGCGAUCUCUUUUUCGCUAUGAGCUGGGGCUUGGUGACUGGAUUUAAGAGUCCUUUCCCCUGGUUCUACCCUGUCUUCUUCGCUACCAUGAUCAGCCAUCGUGCGCUUCGAGAUAUUCAACGCUGCAGGCAGAAGUACGGAGAAGCCUGGACCCAGUAUGAGAAGGAGGUCCCUUACCUCUUUAUUCCCUACGUAAUUUAAUCGACAUGGAUACAUACGUACCAUUAGUAUGCCCGUGCACGCGAGGAUACGAUACCCCAUAGACAAGAAACUGCCAGUGUGGCUUUUCAAAAGUUAUCGUUCCCAACGAAAUAACUUUUUCUCUCCUUCGAUGUAUUAAAUUUUGCGAGGACUAAUUUUUAAUGCUGCCCUUUUCCCCUUCCUUUUCGUUUUUACUUUCCCAAUGGGACGAUUCUGAGAGAUGGGCUGGCCAUCCAUAUAUCCAUUUGCUGGAGAGCAACUUUUUACAUUAAUAGAAACAAAUUCAUAGUUACUUAGUUUUGAUAACUUUACUCAUCUGUUUGAAAAUUCCAAUCUCACCCUUAUUGCUAGGGUAUCAAGAACCCCCUACCACAAACGCAAUCUGCGCAAGAGAAAAAGAGACUCGUCUAGUAUUCCCGAAAUAAAGCACCACGAACCAAUAAAUGAAUAAAUAAAUAAAUAAAAAAUAAAAUAAAAUUCACUCCCG